CUGGAAACAGACGUCGAUCAGCGGAUCAUCGAUCAGCUGUCACUCAGCUCGGUCUGUGCUAGCACAGUUAGCUUUAGCUGCGGUUAGCUCCCACUAGCACAGUUAGCUUUAGCUGCGGUUAGCUCCCACUAGCACAGUUAGCUCAGACCCGGAUCACAAAGCUUCCUCCAUGGGAGCCCACCGCAGCGAGGGAGGCCGGGACUGGCUGCAGCAGGACGGGCAGGAGCAGCUGGAGCAGACCCCGAAGCCGUGGAACGUGAUGAUCAAACACAGACAGAUCCACAGACGAGGACGACGCUCGCACAUGAGUGUCAGCUACACAGAUCCUCAGGUGUCCAUGGACCUGUUGAGGGCGGUGCUUCAGCCCAGCUUCAAUGAUGACAUCAUGGCUGUGUUCAGGAAGUACCAGAAGUUCUUUGAGAAAGCUGCUCAGAACGUGAAGGUGAACGUAGGAGAUGACGUUCAGACUGACCAGCUGAUCAAAGAGGCCUGCAGGAACGUUCUAGAACAUGCCAAACAGCUGUUUCCAGAGGGGGAGGUGAAGAAAGUUCGGUCAGAGAUCGCAGUCAAGAGAACCAGACCUGCUGACGACGACUGCAGUCAGAGAGGAAGUCCCCUGCUCAAGAAGAGAAAAACCCGUCCCAGUGCCGCGCUCGUCUCGUCUGAUCGACCUCUGACCUUCACCUCUCAAGCGAAGCCGAAGCCUGAUUCCAUCAAGAGAGAAGGACCGAAGUGGGAACCGUCCAGACUCAAUGACAGCAGCACGUUUGUUCUCGGCUCCAGAGCAAACAAGGCGCUGGGGAUGGGCGGGACCAGAGGACGAAUCUACAUCAAACACUCCGACCUGUUCAAGUUUGCUGCAGAUGCACAGGAUAAGCAGUGGUUGGCAGAGCGACAUCACAUGAGAGCGACAGGAGGAAAAAUGGCCUACCUGCUGAUCGAAGAAGACAUCCAGGAUCUGUCCCGCAGCGACGAGUACAAGGACUGUCCUGACGUCAAGAUGGACGAGAUGAAGCCGUUCUCGGUUCCUUCCUGGAUGAUUGACAAGAUGAAGAGAGCCAUGGAGGCUCAGAGAGAUGCUGACCUCUGACCUCAUCAGAGCAAUCAUGUGAUUCACAUACUCUGACCUGAUUGGCUCCUUCUAUCCUUUCAUUUAUACUGUUUUUUAACAAAUUAAUAAACCUGUUUCUGACCAGAA